AUGCAUGAUGCGGCACCAGGAGAGAGGGAGUCUCUGUUUGUGCAGAAGAUUCAGCAGUGUUGUGUGGUGUUUGACUUUGUGUCCGAGCCCUUGUCGGACCUUAAGGGCAAGGAGGUGAAGAGAGCUGCCCUCCACGAGAUGGUCGAAUUUGUGACCAACAACCGAGGAGUCAUCACCGAGGCAAUCUAUGCUGAAGCCGUGCAUAUGUUUGCUAUAAACCUGUUUCGGACAUUGCCCCCACCAUCGAACCCAACUGGCGCCGAAUUUGAUCCCGAGGAGGACGAGCCGGCUUUGGAGGCUGCAUGGCCCCAUCUCCAACUCAUUUAUGAAUUCUUCCUACGGUUUCUAGAGUCCCCGGACUUCCAACCGAACAUCGCCAAGCGAUACAUCGACCAGUCCUUCGUCCUACAGCUCCUGGAUUUGUUCGAUUCUGAAGACCCACGUGAACGAGAUUUUCUCAAGACCACUCUGCACAGGAUAUAUGGAAAGUUCCUUGGACAAAGAGCCUACAUCCGGAAACAGAUCAACAAUAUCUUCUACAAGUUCAUUUAUGAAUCAGAACAUCACAAUGGAGUUGCAGAGCUGCUGGAGAUCUUGGGAAGCAUUAUCAACGGAUUUGCACUGCCUCUGAAGGAGGAACACAAGGUGUUCCUUCUGAAGGUUCUCAUGCCUUUGCAUAAGGUGAAAUCCCUGUCAGUGUACCACCCUCAGCUGGCCUAUUGUGUGGUACAGUUCCUUGAGAAGGACCCCUCGCUCACAGAACCCGUCAUCCUCAACCUCCUCAAGUUCUGGCCCAAGGUCCACAGUCCAAAAGAAGUGAUGUUCUUGAAUGAGCUUGAAGAGAUCUUGGAUGUGAUAGAACCAGCAGAGUUUCAGAAAGUCAUGGUCCCACUCUUCAGGCAGCUGGCGAGAUGUGUCUCAUCACCACAUUUUCAGGUGGCAGAGAGGGCCUUGUACUAUUGGAACAAUGAGUAUAUCAUGUCCCUCAUCAGUGAUAAUGCACAGGUGAUACUACCCAUCAUGUUUCCUGCAUUAUAUAAAAAUUCAAAGUCUCAUUGGAACAAAACCAUUCAUGGGCUUAUCUACAAUGCCUUGAAGCUCUUCAUGGAGAUGAAUCAAAAGCUCUUUGAUGAGUGCACCCAGCAAUACAAGACUGAGCGUCAAAAGGAAAAGGACAGGCUAAAAGAUCGGGAGAAGGCAUGGGAAAAGCUCCACCAUCUGGCCAAGAGUAACACUCUGUAUGAAGAAGUAGCUGAUGCCUUGAGGAUAAAUGACAGUCCACCUGCUGGAUCCAGCACCACACCUGACACGUCCAUGAAUGCCAUUUCUCCAAUGACAAUGAUUCCCAACGAAGAGAUGGACCUCUCUGCUGACAAAAUUGAGGCUGCUGCAAAUGAGGCAAAGAAGGCUAGAAACAAGGAGAAGCCUCUGCUGCGGCGCAAGUCAGAGUUGCCGCACGACAAGCUCACUGCAACGGCUCUGGACACACACAAACGUGCAGAUGACUACCUGAAGAGUGCCCCUGAGAGUUCCACCUGAGUGAGAGGGAAUCCAUGUGAGUGACUGUGGUGCCUGCAGUUGUUAGACUUCAUACAGGUUCUCCUCCCCUGUUGUUGUCACUGGUCCUUCCCCCAUGUACAGCAUGCAAGAGAGAGAGGCACAGACAGCCACAUUGAACAAAUGUGUGCAGGACCCUGAGUGUACACAGUGUAGCGAGUCACUCUCUUGCCCUACUAUAGGACUUAGCUGCAUGGAAUUUCUAUAAGAUGGGAAGGAUAGGGGAACAAGGUUUUAAGUUAUCGAUGCUGUGCACCUUGCACCUUGUUGCAAGCUGUGCUGCCAAAGUGGGAUCCCAGGUGCUUCCCUCCAUCUCAUGUUGAUCAUUUUCUCCUGCUGAAUAAUUGGUCAUUUUGCUCUUGAGAAAAAGAGAACACAAGGGACUGCUGCAUCUGGGAUCCUACUUGCCCCAGUUGUAGGAUGUUGAUUCUUCAGAGGUGCUCUUGUGUGCGCAUUAGGGUCUCAUAGGUCUUCUAUUGUUGACUGUCUUCAUGUACUGAUCACAACCAGAACUUCUGCUCAAAGUGGCAUUGUGCAUCGCAUCUGAGAAUGCAAAAGUGAUUUGAGCAUUCCUUCUUUCCUUUUUUCCCCCCAAUCUCAUGUUCAUUUCAUGUCAAUUAUUUUCUAUACUCUCUUGUGCCCUGCUGCCUGUGACAUUCCAUGAAUGUGAAUGAGGAAAGACUCUUCAUCUUCCUCCAAUCCCCUUCCUUGUACCUUUCAUCAACUGGAUCACUUAAAUCAUCUGCUGUCUGACCGGCUUGGUUUAAUAUUCUAGUAUGCUUGCAGAGUUUCACCCAGAUUCAAUUUGCGUGUAGAAACACAUUGCGGGUAUCCUUUACAUUCACUCUCCUUGCAUCUGGUUUGAGCUGGUAUGAUUGUGGAUUUGUGUUUUGUUUUUGUUGCAAUCAUCAGUGGCAUUCUCAUCAAAAUUUGUUGAGGCACAGCGUAGACCUGCCAGGAAACAAAUCAAGAGCAAAGACCAACAGGGAAUUUAUUUUUGCUAGGAAGCA